GCACAAAUAACUAAUUGGAAGGCUUCAAUCGAACCCAGUAGCGAUCAAAAGGCAACUGAUUUGGAUAAAUAUAUGACUAUGUUAAAAGGAAAGGUUCAAGGCACGAUAGUCUUUUAUUGGGGAACGAAGAUUGAAGCAACACCUACAUGGCACAGUUUUUUGCUUCCCUUCAGCAAUAAUGAGUACGAGAGGACUGCUGAGGUACUAGCUAAACAAUGGGGUGGACGACUUUCAAAUGGUGCUCCGAGAAUUGGCAGCUUUAGCUUCCAAGAUGGAAAAAACAAAAAUAGAUGGAACAAAGAUGAGGUAACGUCUUUAAAGUUGGAUCCCUCCCAUAUCUGCUAAUAGGUAUCAUUGGGGUCAAGAAGUCGGAGCAGGGGACCAUAUGUAGGUUGAGAAUAGGGUUGUCGAUUCGGAACCGAACCGAAGAACCGAGAUUUUUCGGUUCGGUUUCGAAGAUUUUCCAAAAACCG